AUGGCAGAUGGUCCCGGCACCUUCAUAACUCUGUCCCCGUCUGACACUACCUACACCAGGACAGAGGGUGACACGUUACCGGACAUCACAUGUACAGCGGACUGUAUACCUGGCUGUACCUUUGUCUGGACACAAGCGGACAACACCAACUUUACUGUCUCACCUGUGUUGUCACUGGGACAACUGGACAGAUCAGAACACGGGACGUACAGGUGUACUGCUAGGAAUGUUGUCGGGGAGUCGACUUUAACAGUCAGUGUUACUGUACAGUAUGGACCGGGAGACAGUGUUGUAUUUGACCCACCACAAGACAGUGUAGAUAUUAUUGAGAAUCAGACCAUCUCCGAUGUCAGGUGUUCCGCCGACUGUAGACCAGCGUGUACCUACACUUGGUCUAGAUCAGGUACAGAUUACACAAACCCACUGAGUCUGUCUGUGGCCACGAGGACCAACGCCGGACAAUACACGUGUACAGCCAGAAACACUGUCAGUCAGGGAACAAAGACUUGGAACCUUAUUGUCAGAUUUCCACCACGAAUUCUCAGUCUUGGUUACACUGACGGUGGUUCUGACGUGGCUGAAAAUGGACUUAAGUCGCUAGUGUGUUCGGUGGAGAGUUUCCCUCCGUCCACAAUACAGUGGUUAUAUAAAGCCAACAACACAGUUCUACUGACCACCCAAGAUGUCCUGGAGAGUACCUACACCCUGACUAACGCUAACUGUCUGGACACCGGACUCUACACCUGUUCUGUCAGAAACAGUGUCUCUAUCACAGCGGUCACCAGGGAUAUAUUUAUAAAUGUUCUGUGUAAACCACGUCAGGACCCAAGAGUUAAACUUAAUAACGAUUUUGGAUUAGCUACGGCCGAGACUCUAGUCAUGAAUGUCAUGUUCCUCUCGAAUCCGGAACCAACUUUUUCUUGGUCUUUCGAAACAUCACCAGGCACGGGUGUUACAAAUCUUGCCAAUGGCAGAGACAAUUUUGAUAUUCAAGAUAUGUUCACAGUGACAGAUCUGUCAGCCGUAUCAGUCGGGACACGAAAGACUAUACAAGCGUCCUGGUUUGGUGUCUACAAUGUUACGGCGACGAACAGUCAGGACAGUGAUACGCUCAGUGUUACUGCUGCAGCGAAAGAAUUCGACUAG